AGAUUUUCCUGGGUACCUUUAGGUAUCCGUAUUGUCUAUCGUCUGCAUCUACACAUUUUUGCUUUCAACUUUCGCGUUCGAGUUCAACGUAGUGCAAUGUUGUGGUGAUCGUUCCUUCCUUUAGUCAUCGAUAAUUGUAAUAGUCGGGAAACUAAUGUUCAUAAACAUAAUAACUUAUUUGAGAUGCUUGAAAAUGUUCAAAACGUGGAUGUGAUUUAUUCAAGUACAUAAUGCAGUUCAAUGAUAGCUGUAAUAUGCGUCAGACAUGGGGUUGACCCGCAAGAAGCUGUUUGUAUUUUUAACCAGUCUCCAUUUAUUACCUUUAACAUUUGGAGAUGGGCUAGAUGCAAACGUUGAUGCCGUGUGUAACUCUUCAAUAUCGCAGCGGGUUAAUUACGAGUUUAAUUCAGAUAUUGUGAAUAGCGAACAUAUAAUAACAUACAAGGGUUAUUUUCCAAGAUCAACAAGAGAGAAUUAUGUCACUGCAGCUUUAAGGAAUGCGGGGAUAUCAAAUUGGACAUUGCUGCAACGUAAUAACCCAGCUAAGGAAUAUCCAAGUGACUUUGAUGUGAUAGUUCUUGAAGAUGAAGGGAGACGUGCACUUGAUGCCUUGAAAGACCAUCCAGCUAUCCGUCGUGUUACAGCGCAGCGGCAAGUCACCCGUACUAUCAAAUACAUUCGCGAGGAUGAUUGUGGACCAGCUGGAUGUUUGUAUGCGGGCUGGCGUAAUCAUCGAGUACGAGGACCGAAAUCCCUAAGACAGCCGCGUGAGAAUGGUGGUUACACGUCCAGGAAGUUGUUGAGGACUGUCCCUCGGCAAAUAACAUCGGUUUUGAAAGCUGACCUGCUUUGGUCUCUUGGUGUAACUGGUGAGGGUAUAAGAGUAGCAGUGUUUGACACGGGGCUAGCUCGGAAUCAUCCACAUUUUGGGCGUGUCCGAGAACGCACCGAUUGGACCGGCGAAAACACAUUGGACGACGCUCUAGGCCAUGGGACUUUCGUCGCUGGUGUGAUCGCCUCUCGAGCUGAAUGCCUUGGCUUUGCACCUGAUGCCGAUUUACAUAUUUUCCGCGUCUUUACCGACAAUCAGGUUUCAUACACAUCCUGGUUUCUGGACGCGUUUAACUACGCUAUCAUGCGUAAAAUUGAUGUGCUUAACCUGAGCAUUGGUGGACCGGAUUUCAUGGAUCAUCCAUUUGUUGACAAAGUAUGGGAGCUUAGUGCAAAUAAGGUAAUCAUGGUGUCUGCAAUAGGUAACGACGGUCCUUUGUACGGCACUCUUAACAACCCUGCAGACCAGAUGGAUGUCAUUGGUGUUGGAGGCAUCGGGUUCGAUGACAGGAUUGCGAAAUUUUCGUCCAGAGGCAUGACCACAUGGGAACUACCACACGGAUAUGGGCGUAUGAAGCCAGACAUCGUGACUUAUGGUAGCGGCGUUAGAGGCUCAAGUGUCAAUGGAGGUUGCCGGUCACUUAGUGGUACGUCAGUAGCGUCGCCCGUGGUGGCCGGUGCCAUAGCAUUGCUGGCCAGUGGCGUGCCGCGCCACAAUCUGACGCCCGCAGCAGUGAAGCAGGCUCUGUGCAUGACUGCGCUGCGGCUGCCCGGGCCCAACAUGUUCGAACAGGGACAUGGCAAGCUGGAUCUUAUUAGCGCUUAUCAGUUUCUGCGCAAAUACGAGCCUCAGGCGUCGUUGAGUCCCAGCUACAUCGACCUCACCGAGUGCCAGUACAUGUGGCCGUAUUGCACGCAGCCGUUGUACUACAGCGCGCAGCCCACCAUCGCCAAUGUCACCGUCAUCAAUGGACUGGGAGUCUCGGGGAGAGUCAAAGACGUGUCAUGGCACCCGCACCUUCCGAACGGCGUACUUCUGUCAGUGUCGGCUGAGUACAGUCCGAUCCUCUGGCCUUGGUCUGGUUGGCUAGCACUGAGCUUCAGCGUCAUUGAAGAAGGCGCCGAUUUUGAUGGUAUUAUUGAGGGUCACAUGAACGUCACGGUUGAAAGCGACGAUGACUCCGGAGAGAAAAUCAUGAGGAAUGCUACGCUCACACUUCCUAUACGAGCUCGCGUUAUCCCAGUGCCGGUGCGGUCGCGCCGGCUCCUGUGGGACCAGUUCCACAGCCUGCGCUACCCCGGCGGCUACUUCCCGCGCGACGACCUGCGCGCCAAGCACGACCCGCUCGACUGGCACGCCGACCACGUCCACACCAAUUUCCGUGACAUGUAUCGCCGCCUUCGAGAGCACGGCUUUUAUUUGGAAGUUAUGGGUUGUCCUUUAACCUGCAUUGACACGUCGCUGUAUGGAGCGUUGCUGCUAGUGGACCCGGAAGACGAGUACUUCCCCGAAGAAAUGGCGGCGCUGAAGAAAGCCGUCGACUCCGGCAUGUCUCUCGUAGUGUUCGCGGACUGGUACAACGCUUCAUUGCUGCGCCACGUUAAAUUCUACGAUGAAAAUACUCGACAAUGGUGGAUACCUGAAACAGGAGGCGCCAACGUGCCCGCUUUGAACGAUUUACUUAGCAUGUAUCAAGUUGCCCUGGGUGAUCGCGUUUUCGAAGGAGCAUUCAGGUUGGGCGGUCAUCCAAUGUACUACGCGAGUGGAACUCAUAUACAUAGCUUCCCUGAACAUGGAAUCCUGAUAACUGCGCCUCUUAGUGAUCAGGGACAUCAAAUAAUGUCUGGCGAAAAGCCGAGUGCGGGAGGCGGUGCGUCGGCCGGCGGGCAGACGGUGGACGUGCCGAUACUGGGACUACUGCAGACGGACGGCGAAACCAGGGACUACACCAACGACACCAGCGAUAGGCUACCCAAGGCCGGUCGACUGGUUGUGUACGGUGACUCGUCGUGCUUGGAGGGCGGCGCUGCUCGCAACUGCCACUGGCUGCUGCUCGCCGCGCUACAGUACGCGCUCGUCGGACAUCUGCCCUCCUCGCUCAAGGACGCCGCCACUCCGCAUCAACAUCGACUGCGAGACGUCCAUAUUAUACCAUCAGAAUUACCUCAGAGAGCAGAAGGUGGUCGGUUGCACGUAUACUCCAGGGUUCUCUCUCCCGACGGCAGCGGACCGCGGCCCGUGCCGGAGUGUAUGACCCCGACCCCAGUGAGGCCCCACCCGAUCCAUGCACCGCCGUCGGCCCGCACCCUCGCACCGCGACAUCAACCUACUGACCCUAAAAGUAUUGGUGCCCCCGAGAUAGAGGGUACGGAGCCUGCGCCGCGCACUUGGCGUGGCGCUGGGGCUGCGCCGUCGCGCGCUCACGGUGGGACGGAGCAGCAGAGCCCGAGCAUGACGAGCCGCGCCAUGACGCUGCUGGCCAUCAUCGCCGUCGUGUACUGCCUCACCGCCGCCUGGAAGCGCUGCGGCCGCAAGCUGCGCCGCCGGAGGCUCAUGUCCUUAGCCACAUAGCAUACACCUAAUUAUGAUACAGCAAAACAAAGACGAAUCACGUGAUAAAAACCUAACGUGGGGCCAAAUAAAUAUUUAGGACUGAAUGUGAUCGAAGCAAGUUUACUUCAGUAGUAGGGUAUGACUAGGUAAACAGAUAGGUAAACAGGGGACGUGUUUUAUAGAGAUUUAUUAGUGGCUCAAGAAACAUGGGGACGUCCUAAUCACAAACCUUUACUUAUAGGAAAGAAAGUCACUUGUAGUGAGUAGGUACCGUGGCGCGGCACUAGCUAAUAACAUGAAAAUACUUACACUUUCGUUAUAAUUUAUUGAUGCACCGGCGCGCCGGCAAGUUGUAAUGUAAUAGUUAAAUUGUAGCUCGUCGUACUUUAGGAUAAAUGAACUUAAUAUUUUGGAUAAAGUUUUAUCGCGCAACAAUAUACCAUUGUCUGCAAAUAGGUCACAAUUUAUAUUUUCCGAUAUUAUAAUAUAUAGAUAAAUAGAGAUCUCGUUGAUGACACGGUGUGCACAAGUAGGUAUCGACGCCACGUUCACACGUGCGGUCGCAUAUCUUUACUUAAUGUUAAGUACUCUAAUAAAAUUAACUCAACUAAUGUUAUAUUACUAAGGGCCUUAAUUAAGUUACCAAAAUGUACCUCAUUGCAAUGGGACUAACUUAUCAUAUCUAUUUAUUCGUCGUUUUACUUUGUCGAUAUUAAUACAGAAGUUGCAGAAAUUAUAUAUUUGUACGAUGUAGUAGUAGAUAGGUAAUCGUGAAUUUAUAUGUGGAUUACGUGGCGGAACUUCAAAAUUUGGAUGGCUUACUAAUAUUUAGUACGUUAUGUACCGCGGUGUACCGAUACAGCAUUGCUUUUAACUAUAAGAUUAAUUAAGUUCCUAAUAAAAGUUUACUUACGGGAAAGUCCAACUUGAGAAUGCUUUCUUGGUUUAAGUUCUGCGCUGGUCUUGAUUAACAAAAAACUAUUAAUAAAUUGUUUUAAAAAUCUUUAAUGUAGUACACAGUCUAAAGUCUAACACCGUGUAAAUGUAAACAGUAGGUUUUAAGCCAAGUUAGCAUUCCUGUCAACUACCUACUCAUAUUGCAAAUAAUAAGAUACGGAAUUACGCAAUGGAAAAAGAUGUUUCAUGUUUCCCCUAAAAUAAUACAUUAUCAAAGUUCAAAUGAUGUAGGUACCUACUAGUGAAAGAGUCCAAAAGUCACUUGUUUACGUAAUAUUUAUAAAAAUAUUUUUUAUCGGGUCUGCGGCCACCUCUGGUCCGCGGCCAACCUCCCUUGGAAAAUAACUCAAUACGUUAACUGGUUUGCUCAAACCGCUUCGAACCCGUGACCAAGUAAAGUUACGUAAAGUGAUGAGAUCAUGAAAGUUUGUUUGUUCUUAUGAUUGAUUAAAUGUCGAUUGAUUAUGUAUUUGAAGUGACGCUAAGUAAUCCAAGUAGAUGUUGUGAAAUAUUUCAGCGAAGCUCGGGGUAUGUUGUUCAUUCGUAUAUAUAGCGUGUAUGUAUAACUCACCUGUUACAUAUUGAUAUAUUACUAUUGCCUGUUUGUAAAAGUAUAUAAUAUGGUUGAAAAGUAACAGUUUUAUAUUGCGUACGUAAACAUUUAAAUAUACGAAUCGGUCUGUAACAACUAGGUUAAGUUUAUUGUAGACUUAUUUUGUAACGUAUACUUACUUACUUAUUUAUGAUUUAGUUUUUGACUGUGGACCGUGUAACUUUAUAAGUUGCGUGGUCGUACUCCUGGUGUUUUAUGUCACAGUUAUUUUGUAAGGAUUUAUAUUGAAAUUAUUGAUUCAUGGUUCGUUCUAAGGCUUGCCGCACACAACUCACUCAACUCGAAAGAUUUGUUGACACCGAAAUGGUACGCGUCGCGCCGUUAGCACCGUGCAGUUGUGUACAACAUUGAAACGGUAGAUGCAAGUAAUGAAAUUGUCACAUUUAUUAGUUUAGUGGUUUAUUUACAUGGUUACAUUGUUUUGUAACUCAUGGUAGCUUACACAUGAAAGACUGGUAUCACGUACGCUUUCGCGUUUAGACAUUUAUUUUAUAUAAGAUUUUGUUAAUAAAGAAUCAUCUGUUA